AUGCAGUACAACUUCAAGAAGAUCGCCGUGGUCCCCCCCGCGAGCGAGUUCAUCGACGCCGUGCUCUCGCGAACGCAGCGACAGACCCCCACGGUGGUGCACGCGGGGUACGCGGUGACGAGGAUUCGACAAUUUUACAUGCGAAAGGUCAAGUACACGCAACAGAGCUGGAAUGAGAAAUUGUCGAGAAUCUUGGAAGAUUUCCCGCGCGUGGACGACGUGCAUCCGUUCUACGGGGAUCUGUUGAACGUGUUGUACGAUAAGGAUCAUUACAAGUUGGCGUUGGGGCAGCUGAACACGGCGCGGGCGAUGAUUGAUAAGAUUGCAAAGGAUUACGUGAAAUUGUUGAAAUACGGGGAUUCGUUGUAUCGGUGUAAGCAGUUGAAACGGGCGGCGUUGGGUCGGAUGUGCACGAUCAUGAAGAAACACGCGGCGAGUUUGGCGUAUUUGGAACAAGUGAGGCAGCACAUGAGUCGUCUGCCGAGCAUCGACCCGAACACGCGGACGAUUUUAGUAUGCGGGUACCCGAACGUCGGGAAAUCGAGCUUUAUGAACAAGGUGACCAGAGCGGAUGUAGAGGUACAGCCUUACGCGUUCACGACCAAGUCGAUCUACGUCGGUCACACGGAUUAUAAGUACCUGCGUUGGCAAGUUUUGGACACACCGGGAAUUUUGGACAGGCCGCUCGACGAGCGAAACACGAUUGAGAUGCAAUCCAUCACCGCUCUCGCGCACUUGCGCGCGGUGGUUUUGUACAUAGUAGACAUUAGUGAGCAGUGUGGUUUCACCAUCGCGCAGCAAGCGGCGUUGUUUCACUCCAUCAAGCCUCUGUUUGCAAACAAGCCGUUGGUGGUGGCCAUAAACAAAAUCGACGUACGAAAGUUGGAGGACCUGAGCGAGGCUGAUCGUUCGCUCAUCGAUGGCAUGCGGGACGCCAUGCGCGGUCCGGCGGCGAUGCAGCUCGGGGACGACGAUGCGUUCCCCAUCAUGUCAACACUUAGCGAGAACGGGGUGAUGGAGGUUAAGAACAGGUGUUGCGAUUUGUUGCUCGCGCACCGCGUCGAGCAAAAGCUCGCGAGCAGACGCGCCGGAGAGGUGAUGAACCGCUUACACGUCGCCACCCCCGUGCCUCGGGACAACAAGGCGAGACCAGCUUAUGUGCCGCCGACUCUCGAGGCGAGUCGCGCGAGGAAGGCGGCCGGGGAGAAAAUUAUUACGGAGAAGGAUUUGCAAGAGCAAAACGGCGGCGCCGGGGUGUACUCUGCGGAUUUGCGCAAGCGAUACAUGUUGGAGAACGACGACUGGAAGUACGACAUCGUUCCGGAGAUUUACAACGGCAAGAAUGUGGCGGAUUUCAUCGACCCGGAGAUCGAGGCCAAGCUCGCCGAGCUCGAGCGCGAAGAGGAGGAGCUCGAGGCGAAGUGGGAGGCGUCUCGCAUGGACCGCGAACCGCAAGAGCCCGAGUUGGACGAGGACGAGCGCGCCCUGCUGGGAGAAGUUCGCACCAGGCGCAACAAGCUCGUCGCCGAGCACAGGCGCAAGAAGUCCGCGGCAAACAACAACCCGGUGGUACCGAGGAAGGCGGACGCCGAGCGAAAGUUGAACACGUCCAACAUGAAGGAGAGCCUCGAGUCCAUGGGCCUGGACGCGAGCGCCGCCGUCGAGCGCGCGCGCUCACGCUCGCGUGUUGUCAAGCGCGGCCGUUCCACCCUCCGCGACCGCGACGAGGACAUGUCCAAUGCCGACGGCGAGGACAAAAAGAAGAUGCGCACCUCCAAGUCUCGAUCCAAGUCUGUCGCCAAGCGCGUCGGCGAUGACAAGGGCGCCGGCUUCAAAUCCGUCGACGACCGCAUGCGCGCCGCCAAGCUCGCCGACAAGGCUCAGCGCAAGCGAAACAAGCAAGCCAAGGCGGGCGAGGCGGACAGAUCCAUUGGGAACACCUUACCGAAGUGGCUCAACUCCGGCAAGCGCGGGAACGGCAAGACCGAUCGUCGCUAA